CUGAUGAUGACCAACCUUUUAGCUGCCAGCGCUACGGAACUUAGCGAGUAGCUAGCGCUCGGUUGUAGCGUCAUUUAAAAUGUGUCCGCUAUGAAUGUGCUGUUUUAUACUUCAACGAAGGCGUGUUGCGGCGGCAUAUAGACGGGUUAUGUAAAUGUGUCCUUAUACUCGAGUACCACACUCUCAGCUCGUUGUUCCUCCCGUUACCUAACUUGUGUAGUCCGACAGGAGAACCGGAGGAGGGACCAGCUAUUGAAGCUAACAGCUAGUAGGUUAGCUCCUACACAACGCAGCUACCUUGUUAGCUCUCUGGUUUGUUAACUACUUUGGUCUGGCUCGACUGCGCUUUGAAUGCUGUUUGUUGUACAUGAUAGCACCCAAUGCCACCCCUGGAUGAGAGGUUGACUGAAGCCUUGGGCUGUCUGUAAUGUUCAGACCUUUUCUGUUUGCAUCACCUGACCUUUCCUGGCUCAUUUAAGUAGCCAUAUAUCACUAAUCCUACACAAGUCUGCUUGGCAACAGUAUGAUCAUUUACACUGACCCCACCCAGCCCACAGGGACAAGAACCCCCCAAAACCAAGCUCUCCAAAUGAUAUGAUAGUAGCCGCCUGGAUCACUUUCUGUGCCUGCAGGAGCCUUGUACAGGUUCUGCUCUUCCUCUCCUCCUCAAAUUCCCUUUGUCCAUUCUGGGAAAGUCUUGCCAGUUUGGUCUCCAGCACUGGAACCAUGGGUAACAGCUGUGUAUGUCGAGAAGAUAGUGACUUGGAGGACCACCAACAUGCUUCAUCAAGGGCGACCCGAGGACAAGCCAGGCGGGUGGAUCACAGUACAGGCGUAGGAGUUGAUGCUGGAGAGGCUCGGAGCAGUCGGCCCAGGGACCCAGUCAGGCCGCCUCGGCGAGGACGAGGGCCCCAUGAGCCAAGACGGAAAAAGCAGAAUGUAGAUGGCCUGGUGCUGGACACACUGGCUGUCAUCAGGACUCUUGUAGACAAUGACCAGGAGCCCCCUUACUCCAUGAUCACUUUGCAUGAGAUGGCAGAGACGGAUGAUGGCUGGCUGGAAGUCGUCCAGUCUCUGAUACGAGUGAUUCCCCUGGAUGAUCCUUUAGGCCCUGCAGUGAUCACACUUUUACUGGACGAGUGUCCCCUACCCACCAAGGAUGCUCUCCAGAAACUCUCUGACAUGUUGAAUCUGAGUUCAGCUGUUGCACGACAAGAUGCUCUAAAUCCCGCUAAACACAGAAACACCACUGCAGUCCUGGGAUGCCUGGCAGAGAAACUGGCUGGACCGGCCAGUAUUGGGUUGUUGAGCCCUGGAACCCUUGAGUAUCUUCUAGAAAGCUUGAGCUCUGAGGCCCACCCAACUGUCAUGCUGUUUGCUCUCAUCGCUCUGGAGAAGUUCUCCCAGACUAGUGAGAACAAGCUGACUGUGUCUGAGUCUUCUAUCAGCAAUCGUCUUGCUGUUCUGGAGUCUUGGGCAGAACAUCCCGACUACCUAAAGAGGCAGGUUGGAUUUUGCGCACAGUGGAGCCUUGACAACUUGUUCCUAAAGGAAGGUCGUCAGUUCACUUAUGAAAAAGUCAACCUCACAAAUAUCAACGCCAUGCUCAACAGCAAUGAUGUUAGCGAGUACCUCAAGAUCUCACCCACUGGACUAGAGGCACGAUGUGAUGCCUCGUCCUUUGAGAGUGUGCGCUGUACAUUCUGUGUGGAUUCAGGCGUUUGGUACUACGAGGUGACGGUCAUUACAUCGGGGGUGAUGCAAAUCGGAUGGGCCACCAAGGACAGCAAGUUCCUAAAUCAUGAGGGUUAUGGAAUAGGAGAUGAUGAAUACUCGUGUGCGUAUGAUGGCUGCAGGCAGCUCAUCUGGUACAACGCUCGCAGUAAACCUCACUCUCACCCCUGCUGGAAGGAGGGAGAUGCCAUCGGCUUCCUGUUGGAUCUCAGCAAGAAGCAGAUGAUCUUUUAUCUGAAUGGACAUCAGCUACCGCCAGAGAAACAGGUGUUCUCAUCUGCCACGUCCGGCUUCUUCGCGGCAGCCAGCUUCAUGUCGUACCAGCAGUGUGAGUUUAAUUUUGGGGCCAAGCCUUUCCGUCACCCACCUUCUGUCAAGUUCAGCACCUUCAAUGACUUUGCUUCACUGCUGCCCAGUGAAAAGAUCAUUCUACCGAGACACCGGCGUCUGGCCUUACUGAAGCAGGUUAGCAUCCGAGACAACUGCUGCACUCUGUGUUGUGACGUCAUGGCUGACACAGAGCUGCGGCCCUGUGGACAUGGUGGUAUGUGUAUGGAGUGUGCCUUACAGUUAGAGACGUGCCCCCUCUGCCGUCAAGACAUCCAGACCCGCGUCAGACUCAUUGCACAUGUAUCCUGACACACUUCCUGGCCUUGCUCCAGUCAAGGGAGACACACAAGCCCUACAGCUUCGUCCUCCUCCUCUAAUCCCCUCUCACCCCACAGGGUUGCGAGGAUGUUGCCACAACAUUGUGAUGAUGCCAGAACAUUGAAUUCUGGUCCGAGGAGAUGCCAAUGGAGGGGUGGAUAGAAGAAAGAGAAGAGAUGAGAGGAGGGGCAAUAAAACAACAGCUGGAACCCCCAGGAGCUUUUCCUCAUGUAUCUACAUCUUCUCUUUUAUAUCCUUCUGACAACUCACUGCAGAAGCUGGGCCAAGAAUCAUGAACUUUCUACUUUUUUCAGAUUUAAAAAAAGGCAGAAGCGAGGAGCAGAGACGGUGUAAACUGGUGACAGACAGAACCAAGUUGUCAUCUGCAGGCCCCCUGUGUAAAGUUAUUUAAAAAAAAAAAACCUUUCCAUCAGAAGGAUCCCACUUGUGCUUUCAGUCCCGAGGCUACUUCUAUUUAACCCCAUCGCCGUCAUGCACAUGUUUGCAGAUGUGACAGGGCUUGGUCACAGAGGAGAACACAGCCUGUAGUACAGUAUUAAACCGAAGGUACAAAUAAACUUGAAAUGUGUCUCACUUUCUUUUUUUGGAUGUAGAUGCGUGAAUAAUUGUGUUCUCAUGGUAGCAUUUUCUUUCUCUUCAACACCUAAACUUUGGGCAGCUUCACUGUCUGUACUGAUUGAUCACCCAGGUGUAGGGUUUUUCAUCAGGAAAUUCCAUGGUUGGUUGAAAUAUCAGAUUUUACUCUGUCUCAGAUUACUUUAAUUCCUUGAGCUUAAUUUCAGAUAAAGUUUACAGAGCUGUUCAAAAUCAGUCGGCUGGUAUACACGAAAGGAAGUUAAUGACAUGAAUUAUGUUAUGCAGCCAGUAAUUUGAAAGCAAAACAUGCUUCAGUCUGCAUAAGAACUGAUUUUUAGCUUUCAGCCGACACUGCUUCUUUUUGUGCUUUACUGUCUUUGCUCAGAUGUUGAUCUGUCCCUCAGUCUGUCAGUUAUGAAGCAACCACAAAAUUUACAUUGAAGCCACAUAUAAGUGAUCUCAUUCAGGAUGAUUUUUCCUCCCAGUUAUAAAUGCGUAUUUUGAGUUGAUCGUUUUUUCUUGAUUUGGUGUCAACAGUUGAACAAUUUUCAGUGUCUGUCCAACAUGAGUCAAACCUGUUUGAGGGGCUGUUUUAAGUAAUUAUGUCUUAAUUUUUGUUUGUGGUAACAAACGUGACAAUUUUCAGUCUACAAACGGAUUUUGAGUUUGUCCCUCUAAAGUGAGGCUGAAGGCUGAUGUUGGCUAAGAAGUAAGCCAGCUUAUGAGCUGAGUAGUGACUUAUCGAGCUAAAUGUGAAAUGUUUUAGAGGAUUGUUUUUCCUCUUAUCAGUUUACACAGGCCUCCAUAAGAGAAUGAGAUUUUGGCAGUAAGAAACACAUUACUGAAAACAGAGUAUGGCCUUUGUUUCACAUGCUGGGUGAGUUCUUUGUCUACAUAAUUGAUCUUGUUUAAAAAAAAGAGCUUGUCAGAAGUGUGUUGGGUCAGACUGAGUGAAAUAUGGUUUCUUUGUACUCUGUAUAACAACACCUGUUCCCAUUUAACCAUUUUUUUCUCCUUCCUUCUUCUUGUCUUCUGCCUUGUGUUUUUUGUCUUUCUGUCCAUUCUUUACUUGAAGCAUCUCUGGGUUGACUGACUUAUAUUUGUAUUUUGGAAACAGGUGAUGAAAUGAGUUGUAUGCUAAAUUAUAAUUCAAUAAAAAUUGUAUUGUACAAUUUAAAACAUCCAAUGGCAUUUCAAAUGACAGUAAUUUUACAUUUAUCUCUGUCAUGGUUUUUUGGAGUAGUUAAUACUUCAUCAUAUUGCAUGAACAGAAUCAGUAAACUCAUUCAGACUAUACUAGAAUGGUUUCUGAAGAUGACAGAACAAAAGACUGGUCUGAUCGUUGUUGGCUAUGUUGUAAUUCCUGGUGCACCUUAUACACGGAGGUGAGAGAUGAAUGGUCUCUGUGGUUGGAGAUCAAAUUCAGGAAUGUAAAGAAUGAGUUGUAUUUAAAACAACUGUAAAAGAAAAUCUCCCCAGAGUUCCCAAAGAUGUGAUUUACUGAAGAAUUGUUUCCUGGAUUGUGACAUUUGUAAUAAAUGUAUG